AUGAUAGAGCGGUGGCAACCAGAGACGCACACAUAUCAUCUAUCUAUCGAAGAGGCUGCCAUCAUGCUAGAGGACGUGGAGGUUCUUUUCGGGUUGCCCGUUGAUGGUGUGCAUGUAGCUUACCUGCAUGCUCUUAGGGACUAUAGGGGAGAGGACUACCUUCAUAUGUUACAUAGGCUCACCAUUUUCCAGCCUGCGGAGCCUACUGUGUUAAGUGGUGCCAGUCGAUUGCAGUUGAUGCCCGUUAGGAAAUAUCUGGUGGCGCUGCACGCGGAGAUUACUGAUGACUCACCGCUAGAGGAUAUCGACUGGCAGACGAGGUUGUUGCCACUAAUGAUGUUUGGUGGUAUUCUAUUCCCGAACACUUCGGGAAACCUAUUCAGCUUGCGAUUUCUACAUCAUUUGGAGCGGCUAGAUGAGAUACCUAGUUACAGUUAG